ACAUUUAUUUAUUUAUUAAUAAUAAAAAUAAACAAGGAACAGGCUCAGAACAACAAUAAUACUAACAUUAUUAUAAUGACCAUUGAUAAUUUGAAAUAGACAAAUAAAUCCCUAGUCGGAGUUUGGCAAGUGAAGCAAGUGGCAUUGUGGGCGCAUCACCCCUUCAGAGGACGUUUGGGGCAAAGCGGUUCUGUAGUUUUUCGGGGGCCAAUUUUCCUGCUCGCGUGUCCUUCAACGACGUCCAAAGAAGCAUGCUGCGCGUUUUAGCUUUCAAGCAGCUCCCAAGGAUCUCCCGCACGCUUCAGCUCGUCCCAACAGUGGGUACCGUGCGCUGCACGGGCACGCAGUCCCUGACGAAAGAUGGCCGCGAGAUCCUGCACCUCCCCAACGAGCCGCCCGAGCGCGACCUGGUCAACUUCCCGCGCCUCAAGAGGCCCCUGCUCCCGGGCAAGGUCCGCAUGGGCGUCUUCCCCGAAGAGUGGUUCGAGUUCUUCUACAAGAAGACUGGCGUGACCGGGCCGUACCUCUUCGGCACUGGCCUGCUCACCUACCUCUACUCCAAGGAGAUCCUCAUCAUGGAACACGAGUUCUACGCGGGGAUCACGCUCGUCAUCAUGGUCGUGUACAUCGUCAAGAAACUAGGGCCGGGCAUCAGCGCGUACCUGGACAAGGAGGUGGACAAGGAGGAGGCUGACCUGGACUCGUUCCGACAGGGCAACAUCGACGGCCUCCAGGAAGCCAUCAAGAACGAGGAGCGGUCCCAGUGGCAGGCCCAGGGCCAGCACAUGCUGUUCGAGGCCAAGCGGGAAAAUGUCCAGCUUCAGCUCGAGGCCGAGUUCCGCAAAAGGCAGAUGACUGUGUACAACGAGGUGAAGCGGCGGCUCGACUACCACCUUGAGGUGCAGAACAUCACGCGGCGCAUGCAGCAGAAGCACAUGGUGGACUGGAUCGUGAACAACGUCGUGAAGAGCAUCACGCCGCAGCAGGAGAAGGACACUCUGCAGAAGUGCAUCGCCGACCUCAAGGGCCUUGCAGCGACUGCCUGAGCGAGCCACGCCCCAUUUAAAUAAAGUCCGUAGUAGUCCCUGGC